UUUUAAGGGUUUCUUUUGACUACUUCACGGAGUAAGUAAAAGGGAAGCGUCAUAAAGCGGCGACAGUAAUUGUGUCAUCAGCCUGCGUCAGAGUGCGAGGAUGGCGUCGGUGGAUUUAAGAGAUAAUUUGCUGGGCAUCUCGUGGGUGGACAGUGGCUGGGUGCCCAUCCUGAACCCAAGCAAUGUACUGGAGUAUUUCUCCGAGAGGAGCAACCCCUUCUAUGAUCGCACCUGCAACAACGAGGUGGUCAAAAUGCAGAGGUUAACCUUGGAUCAUCUCAAUCAGAUGGUGGGUGUGGAAUAUAUUUUGCUUCACGCUCAGGAGCCGAUUCUGUACAUCAUCAGAAAACAGCAGAGACAGUCACCAACACAAGUGAUCCCUCUUGCUGACUACUAUAUCAUAGCUGGAGUGGUGUAUCAAGCGCCUGACCUGGGAUCAGUCAUCAGUUCCAGAGUGCUCUCAGCAGUUCAUGGGAUUCAGUCUGCGUUUGAUGAGGCGAUGUCUUUCUGCAGGUACCACCCAUCCAAAGGGUACUGGUGGCACUUUAAAGACCAGGAGGAGAGAGAAAGGGUAAAGCCUAAAUCUAAGCGGAAAGAGGAGCCGAGUUCUUUGUUCCAAAGGCAGAGAGUUGACACACUGCUACUGGAUCUGCGCAAUAAAUUUCCCCCAACUUUCUAUCAGCCCAAACCAGGAGAGAAGCCUGUCCCAGGUAUGCAAAUACUUGACUCCGUCUCAUCUGAUCACAUGCUACAGAUGAAAAUUAGUCAGAUUUGCUGUAGAUGUGGAGGUAAAGAAAGAACCAGAAGUGCCGGUUGAGAUAGUGAAGCCUCCAGAAGAGCGAGACACGAAACCUCCAGCCCCUCCUGGCCCUCCUCGGCCAGCUCCACAGACUACACCCAACAAACCACCUCCUGAGAAGCGUGCACGCCUGCAGUGACACACAUGCUGGUCAGCCACAAACAUCUUUGAUGUUGCAGGACUUCUGUGGAUAUUUCUCUGCACCAGCAAACCAAGGGUGGACUGUUAUGGUUAUUGUAUAUAAAUGCAGUGUCUUCAUAAUUUAAUAGUUUUUGUGAUAAGGGAACUGAAAUGUGUCUGUAUGUCAUUUUCUAUAUUUCAGUGUUGCUGAGUUGUAGUAUUAUGCCAUUCCAUCACUCACAGUAAAAAUACACAGUUUAUCAAAA